GGGAAGAGGUGGCAAUCAGGGCGGGCCAAUCGGCGCUGGCUCCAGCUCGAUGCUGCCGCCCCGGCCGGGUUGCUCUGUCGCCGCUGCAGCCGCUGCCUGGGUCCCUUCGGCGGUGCCUGUGCGUGGGGACUGCCUCCCCGGCUCCGGGCGCAGACACCAUGUACGGGUUUGUGAAUCACGCCCUGGAGCUGCUGGUGAUCCGCAAUUACGGCCCCGAGGUGUGGGAAGACAUCAAAAAAGAGGCACAGUUAGAUGAAGAAGGACAAUUUCUUGUCAGAAUAAUAUAUGAUGAUUCCAAAACUUACGAUUUGGUUGCUGCUGCAAGCAAAGUCCUCAAUCUCAAUGCUGGAGAAAUCCUUCAGAUGUUUGGGAAGAUGUUUUUUGUCUUUUGUCAAGAAUCUGGUUACGAUACAAUCUUACGCGUCCUGGGAUCUAAUGUCAGAGAAUUUCUACAGAAUCUUGAUGCUCUGCACGACCACCUUGCUACUAUCUACCCAGGUAUGCGUGCACCUUCCUUUAGGUGCACUGAUGCAGAGAAAGGCAAAGGACUCAUUCUGCACUACUACUCAGAGAGAGAAGGACUCCAGGAUAUUGUCAUUGGAAUCAUCAAAACAGUAGCUCAACAAAUACAUGGCACUGAAAUAGACAUGAAGGUUAUUCAGCAAAGAAAUGAAGAAUGUGAUCACACUCAAUUUUUAAUUGAAGAAAAAGAGUCAAAAGAAGAGGAUUUUUAUGAAGAUCUUGACAGAUUUGAAGAAAAUGGUACCCAGGAAUCACGCAUCAGCCCAUAUACCUUCUGCAAAGCUUUUCCUUUUCACAUAAUAUUUGAUCGGGACCUAGUGGUCACUCAGUGUGGCAAUGCCAUAUACAGAGUGCUUCCCCAGCUCCAGCCUGGGAAUUGCAGCCUUCUUUCUGUCUUCUCUCUGGUUCGUCCACAUAUUGAUAUUAGUUUCCAUGGGAUCCUUUCACACAUCAAUACAGUUUUUGUAUUGAGAAGCAAGGAAGGAUUGUUGGAUGUAGAGAAGUUAGAAUGUGAGGAUGAACUGACUGGUACUGAGAUCAGCUGCUUACGUCUCAAGGGGCAGAUGAUCUACCUACCUGAAGCAGACAGCAUACUUUUUCUGUGUUCACCAAGUGUGAUGAACCUGGACGAUUUGACAAGGAGAGGGCUGUAUCUGAGUGACAUCCCUCUGCAUGAUGCCACGCGCGAUCUUGUUCUUUUGGGAGAACAGUUCAGAGAGGAAUACAAACUGACACAAGAACUGGAAAUCCUCACAGACAGGCUGCAGCUCACGUUAAGAGCCCUGGAAGAUGAAAAGAAAAAGACAGACACUGGCGCUCUCCUAAUCCUGCUGAACAGAUUGCUGUAUUCUGUCCUUCCUCCGUCUGUGGCCAAUGAGCUGCGACAUAAGCGCCCAGUGCCUGCCAAAAGAUAUGACAACGUGACCAUCCUCUUCAGUGGCAUUGUGGGCUUCAAUGCUUUCUGUAGCAAGCAUGCGUCUGGAGAAGGGGCCAUGAAGAUUGUCAACCUUCUCAACGAUCUCUACACCAGAUUUGACACGCUGACGGAUUCUCGGAAAAAUCCGUUUGUUUAUAAGGUGGAGACUGUUGGUGACAAGUAUAUGACAGUGAGUGGUUUACCAGAGCCAUGCAUCCACCAUGCACGAUCCAUCUGCCACCUGGCCUUGGACAUGAUGGAAAUUGCUGGCCAGGUUCAAGUGGAUGGUGAAUCUGUUCAGAUAACAAUAGGGAUACACACUGGAGAGGUAGUUACAGGUGUCAUAGGACAGCGGAUGCCUCGGUAUUGUCUUUUUGGAAAUACUGUCAACCUCACAAGCAGAACGGAAACCACAGGAGAAAAGGGAAAAAUAAAUGUGUCUGAAUAUACAUACAGAUGUCUUAUGUCUCCAGAAAAUUCAGAUCCACAAUUCCAUUUGGAGCACAGAGGCCCAGUGUCUAUGAAGGGCAAAAAAGAACCAAUGCAAGUUUGGUUUCUGUCCAGAAAAAAUACAGGAACAGAGGAACCAAAGCUGCAUGAUAACUGACUCUGGGAUUGUGGGAUGAGGAAGACAACAGUUAUCUCCUAACACAAGCCAAGCCCAGGAGCAGUUCUUCCCUCUGGAUACAGAUUUUACUUUGUCCUUGUCAAUUAUCCCAAGCCUUUUUCCUAGGUAUAUCUCUCACUAUCCAUUAUUCAACUUCAGCUCUGCUUUCGAUUAUUUUUAAAGUUUUAGUAUGUUAUAUGAAGUUUGGCUUUUGAUGUGGAUGAUGUGAGCUUCUUGUGUCUUAAAAUCUACUACAAGCAUUACCUGACGUGGUCAUCUGCAAGUAGUAGGCAUCCAAUAACUAUUUGUUGAAUUUAAUUCAAUGAAAUUGAACAAUAUUUGGCCAUGUGUAUAUAUAUUAUGGUUUAUCAAAUCUGUUUAGUGCUCCAUAUAUACGUAUAUGUAUAUUUUAAUGACUAUAACAUGUAACAAAGUUUAUAUCAUGUGGGUAUAUAUCAUUGUAGAAAUCGUUUUCUAAAGGAGUGAAUUCUAAGUUUUAGGGAAAAAAUCCAAUUUAUUUUCAGACUGUCAAAGUAAGAAUUGAUAUACCAUGCUAUGAAAAUAGUGACUAUUUUGAAGUAUGCUAAUUUCCCUUUGGGAAUAUAGAAUACUCAUUUCUUUUGUUAAAGUAUUUGGUUGCUCAUUCAAAUCAUAUGGCAAUUAUGCUUCUAAAAUGCUGUCAUUUGUAUUGUAUCCCGUGUAUUAAAUCUCAUUAACCACAUGCAGCUGUUAUAGAAAGCUGCGCUGUUUCACACUGAGCUAUUCCAUUAGCUCGGGCUAAAUGUUAGGAGCUCUAACCAUACCCAAGAAUAAAGCUGGAAACAUACUGCUGGGAUACGUCUGUUAGAACAUUCUCGGCCUUUUAUUUCCAGAAAUGAGCUUCCUUUUCUUAGCUUUGAAGAAUGUCAUUACAUCCAGGACAUCAUGUUCAGGAAAAUUAGUUUAAUUUCAACAUAGAGUGCAUUAUUACAAUUGGAAUAAUUGGCCUCUUGUUCUUAAAUGUAUCUGAUAAUUUAUUAAUAUAUAUCUUUAUAAAAUAGAGUGCAACUACUUUUGUGUAAAAAUGGUUGUCUUUAAAUUUAGUAUUUCCUAUCAGCACAUCAAUAUAUGUAUAAAUGUUCCAUGUUAAUGUGUAAAAGAAUCGGCAAUAAAUUAUUUUUUCCACUUG